GUUUUGCGCGCUAGAGAAAGUUUCGGGGAUCUUAUUCACCAUGUUUUACAGCGUAUCUCUGUUUCAUGUGGUAUUGAUAAGCUUGGAAAGAUUUUUGGCGAUAAAACGUCCCUUUUUCUACAAUAAUUAUUCCUCUAAUAAGAUUUUGAUAAUCUCUUCUGCGAUAGCGUGGAUACUAGCCUUUAUUCCAGCAAUCAAGGAUUUUAUAGACUCUGAACAUGAUUUUGUGACUGUUGUAUUUGUUGAGGUUAUUUUAGUAUGUAGUCUUCUAGUAAUUGUUGUAUGCCAUGUUUCUAUUUAUAUAGAGGCUAGACGCCAUGAGAAACAAAUUGCUUCUCAGCAAGUCUCAUUGGAAGCCAGGGAAAAAUUCAAGAGGGAAAGAAAGACCUUAAAGACAACGAUGCCAAUUGUUCUAACUGUUUUCUUUUGUAACUUUAUUUCGAUAUCCGUUAAUUUUUUCCUAGACAAAGUGACAGAAUUUAAUGUCGCCCAUAUACUUUUCUUUUUAGCUUUUACAUUAACGUUGCUCAAUUCUUUGAUGAAUCCUUUGAUUUACGCGGAGAGGAACAGGCGAUUUCGACUGGUAUUUGUCCACCUGCUGUUACGAAAACGAGUUCAACAAACAGAAGAGACGGAAAUACGAGUAAUUUGUUGCAGAAGAAGCACUGUUAGGCCACAAGCAGGCGAUACGCAAGAAUUGCCAUGACAACGAGAUGGUGAACUCGCUCUAUAUUAUUCCGUCUGUCUCUCUCUCUAUAAUUAGGGUGAUGAGAGCUAAGAUGCGAGCGGGUACUUAUGUUGACAUCAUGCAUAAAUGAAAUAGAAGCCCUUUAUAACAUUAAAGCAUGAAAAAAGUUAUUUCCUCCAUCGAAAAUUUUCGCGAGUUUCCACUAACAGGGCUCUACUUUAUAAGGCUCAACUCUUAACCUGGAAAUGAAUACGAUUCUUUAUCCCUACAAUUUAACCGUGUUUUGGAAAAAUAUUAACACCAAGUAAAGCAUGGCGCUCUGCCUUGAAUUGCUAGUAACGUUAUCAGUUAUUUAUCUGAAUUUGUAACUAUCUUUAAGUUAAAUAUCAAGUUUUAGUGAGACAUAUUGCGACCUCGUACGUUGUGGCCUCGUACGCUGUCGCUAAAAGGAGAGUCUAUGCGAGUAUGUGCGAUAGAGUUAUCUGCGAUCAUUUGCGACUUCUGGUUAAUAAGGCGUACAGAGAGGACAAUCGGUAAGCGUAUUUUUCUCUCCCCUUGUUGUUUUUGUUUAUUAUUUGAUUAAUUAUUGUUAGGGGUCAUGUGCUCGGCCUUUGUGUUGUUAUGUAAUAAUUACUGUUUUAGUUUAGCUUCUUGUAAUGUUGCUUAGACUAGGUUUUCUUGUUUGUGUUUUAGUUUGACGUGUUUUGAUAUCAGAUUAAUUGUAUUGGAAUCACAGUUAUACCGGUCUGGUGUCAGAUUUAGUACCUCGAUGUCCUCUAUGCGAUAAACGCCUACAAUUACAACCCUUUCCAUACUUCCCCAGACCA